AUGCUCGCCCUUGUUUCGUUACUCGCCCUCGUUAGUGGAGCAUGCGCGCUUCCCAAUGCUCAAGCCUCGGUCCCCGCCGCGCUCCAAUCGAAUUUGGCUUACCGCUCCCCUUCGCUCAGUGUCCGAGCUCUUGAAAUCGAUACCGGAGCCGUAUUCUCGAGGAAGCGUUGGGCCAGCACCUUCAGCGGAAACCUAUCUUUCCCAUUCGGUGUCGCUUCCGGUGAUCCGUAAGUUUCAUGAUGAUGCUUGACCUCCAUGCCACGUGGGGAGCGGGACGGGACGGAGUUUCUUACCCGAGUCGCCUCCUGUCGGAGUUCCCGCGAGCCUGCACGUGCGCUCCUGUCGGUGUUAUCGUCGGGGACUGACAGUGUAUUUAUGAAAAAAUAUACUCCCGUAGUUAUUCUGAUUCGGCUGUGCUGUGGACCAUGCCUCGCAAGGUCGAUCCCGAGGGACUUUAUGGAGGCAACGCAUACCCGCCGAUUUGCCUGCUCUGGGUCGUCGCCCCGUCCAACAGCUCAUUCAAGAUCGAUGAUUCAGUUCAACACGGCUAUGUGCAGACGACUAUCGAUAUCGGCUUUUCCGUCAAGGUGAUCGCGGACAACCUCAAACCCUACACCAAGUACUACUACCGCUUCGAGUCGUGCGAAGGCGAGCCUGAUCUCGGCGUUUCCCCCGUCGGAUCGUUCAAGACGCUGCCCUCGGAAGAUGCCGAUGUCGAGAAGCUGCGUUUGGCCGUUUUCAGUUGCAGCAACUACCCCUUCGGUUUUUUCAACGCUUACGGCGCCGCGGCCAACAACAGUGAUCGUUUGGACUACGUCCAGCACGUCGGUAAGUUCUCACACCUUUCAGCCUUGUGAAUUGAGAUGUUCCUCUCUGAUUCGAGUUUUCCCGAUGUUCUUCAACUCCAGGUGACUACAUCUACGAGUACGCCAACGGUGCUUACGGAGAUGGAACCGCUCUCAAUCGCAUCCCGCAGCCCCUUCGCGAAUGCUCCUCGCUCCAGGACUACCGCGACCGCUACGCCACCUACCGUAGCGACCCCGACUUGCAAAAGCUGCACCAGCUUCUGGCUUGGCAAACGGUGUAAGUGAAUCCUGAUGGCCGAGUCGUUCCCGCAACCUUCAGCUCGAUCUAGAUCUCCGGAUAUAUCUGAGUCGGACUUAGACUAAUUGGAACCCCUGAAUCUUCCCUUCCUCCAGCUGGGACGACCAUGAAGUCGCCGACAAUAGUUGGGCGCAUGGGUCCGCCGACAGCAACGACACCGUUCAAGGUCAGAUCGGGCUCAACCAGUUCAGUGCUCGCAAGGCCAACGCUGUUCGAGGUGGGUUUGCAUCUUCUAGUAUCAAAUAAUAUGUUGAUGCUCGGGUCGCAUCGUCGCUGAUCGGUUCUGCUGCUUCGAUCUUAGCCUACUUUGAGUGGAUGCCGAUCCGACAAGUCGAAACCGACGACAAGCUCCGCAUCUGGCGCACAUUCAAGCUGGGCAAGCUGGCGACGAUGAUCAUGCUCGAUACUCGCCAAUACGACCGCUCUCUCACCGAUGUGUACUACAACACCAAACAAGUGGCCGCCGUCGCCGAUUCGUCGAGUCGUUCGAUGACCGGAUCAAAGCAACAAGUUUGGUUCUUCGAUCAGCUUAAGCAACAUCAGGCACGAAAAGCUACGUGGCCCCUCAUCAUGCAGCAGGUCGUAUUCUCUCGAGUCAACUACACAAUCGCGACUGAAGGAAGCACCGACUUCGACUUUGACGCAUGGGAAGGCUAUCGCUACCAGCGCGAGCAGAUCCUGCAGUUCAUCAAGAAGCAGAAGAUUGAGAACACGGUCGUCCUCUCGGGCGACUCGCACGCUUCUUGGGUCUUUGAUUUGGUCGAGACCAACUCGACGACCUACAACCCUGCGACCGGUGAAGGUGCCUUGGGAGUCGAGUUCGCUGGAUCGGCCGUCUCUUCGCCAUCGUCGUACGGCCAUGGCCCGAGCUUUACCGAUGAAGUCUACAGUGAGUGAAGGUCACGUCUGGGGUAUUGCGGUGUGAAAAGUACUGACCCGUUAUUUGGCUCUCGCAGAGGGUAUCGCCAAGAACCUCACCCUUGCGUCUCCUUCCCUGCUCUACGCCGAAGGCAAACUCAGGGGUUACUUCGAGCUACUCGUCACCCCCAAGGCGGUUCAAGCUCACUACUAUGGCUUCGUGGACCAAGCGACUCGCAACUCUAACGUGACAGAGAUGGGCGUCUUCGAGACCCUCCUUGGCGCCAACAGGAUCACACGUCCUGUCAACAGCGGCAUCAUUCCUGUUUACGGGGCUCUCGGUGCUCACUUGUGA